CGCAUACCAUAUUCUACCACCACCACCACAACUACAACCAUCUACUCUAUUUACAACACAAAACAAACCAAUAUGUCCAACCCUCACCAAGGCGGCACCCUCUCCGAAAUGGCCCCCUCGGGAACCACAAUCCCCAACAACGCCGGCAUCCAAAAUAUCAUCCCCUCCGUCCCGCGCCCCGACCAACGCUCCGAAAACUCCCAAUUCGACAACGAAGGUCUCGCCGAGCCAACCUCCGCCCUCGCAGCCGACAAUGCCACCGAUCUGCCCCGAUCCACCCGUGACGUGGGUGCUACGGGCGAGGUAAUCACGGGAACGGGAAACAGUAUUGGGGCGGGGGUAGAGGGAAAGAGGACACAGGGGGCGAAUGAUCCGGGGGCGAGGGGAGAUGCGAGAAAUUGGAAGCAUGCGAGUCAUAACCGGAGUGCGUUUGAGAGGUUUGCGAAGGAGGAUGAGGAUUCGGGGGAGAAGGUUGGGGAGCAUGAGGGGAGGAACUAGGGCAGUUGAUUCGGUGUUUUAAUUUCUAUUUUGUAAUUUAUGGAAUUAAUUUACCGGCGAUCAAAUAUAAAAAUAUUGCUUUGG